CUGUUAAUUUAUGUUGACAGGACUCUGGUUCCUGCGCUCCAUCCUAAAGCAGGAGCUGGAUGAAAUCAACAACUGGGGCAGAUCAGCACUGCGCUUCGCUGAGAAAGAUCCAGCAGCAGGCCUGAUCCUGCACAGCAAAUAAGGGCCUUAAAUUGGAGGUGUAACAAGCCUGCAGCACAUAGUUUUGUUCCCUGCUGGUUGUGGUCUGAUACGUACGUCCAGUGGCUGUUCCUGCAAUACACUUGGACCUGGUCUGGUAUGCUUGAUCGACGUCUAAUGACUCCUGGUCCUAAGCACCUUAUUCCUGAGGGUUCGGCGGACUCCUACACCAGCCGUCCAUCUGAUUCAGAUGUAUCUCUGGAGGAAGACCGAGAGGCUGUGCGCAGAGAAGCAGAGCGACAAGCCCAGGCGCAGCUGGAGAAAGCUAAGACCAAACCUGUUGCAUUUGCUGUUCGGACAAAUGUCAACUACAUCGCAGCACUUGACAAUGAUGUCCCUGUCCCUGGCAUGGCUAUCUCGUUUGAAGCAAAGGAUUUUCUUCAUGUUAAAGAAAAAUUUAACAAUGACUGGUGGAUAGGACGGUUGGUUAAGGAAGGCUGUGAAAUAGGGUUCAUCCCGAGUCCAGUCAAACUAGAAAACAUGAGGCUGCAGAGCGAACAAAAGGUGAAGCAGGGAAAAUUCCACUCCAGUAAAUCGGGAGGAAAUUCAUCGUCCAGUUUAGGUGACAUGGUACCUAGCUCCCGGCGAUCGACCCCUCCCUCAUCUGCUAUUGAUCUAGAUGCCAUGGGCUUAGAUGCAGAAGACAAUGAUACCCCAGCAAACCACCGCUCCCCUUUAACCAAUGUAAACAGUGUAACAUCUUCCCAAUCUAAAGAGAAAAGAAUACCCUUCUUUAAGAAGACUGAGCACAUCCCUCCCUAUGAUGUAGUGCCUUCAAUGAGACCAGUAGUGCUAGUGGGGCCUUCUCUGAAGGGAUAUGAGGUGACGGACAUGAUGCAAAAAGCACUUUUUGACUUUCUGAAACACAGCUUCGAAGGAAGGAUAUCAAUCACACGGGUCACUGCUGACAUCUCCCUUGCCAAACGCUCAGUAUUAAAUAAUCCCAGUAAGCAUGCAAUAAUCGAACGCUCUAACACCAGAUCCAGCUUGGCUGAAGUGCAGAGUGAAAUUGAAAGGAUUUUUGAACUGGCAAGAACAUUGCAGUUGGUGGUUCUUGAUGCGGACACAAUCAAUCAUCCAGCUCAGUUGGGUAAAACGUCCCUGGCUCCCAUUAUAGUCUACGUAAAGAUUUCUUCUCCAAAGGUUUUACAAAGAUUAAUAAAGUCCAGAGGAAAAUCCCAGGCUAAACACCUGAAUGUCCAAAUGGUUGCAGCCGACAAGCUGGCUCAGUGUCCUCCAGAAAUGUUCGACGUGAUUCUGGAUGAAAAUCAGCUGGAAGAUGCCUGUGAACACCUAUCUGACUACCUGGAAGCUUACUGGAGGGCUACACAUCCCCCGAGCAGCAACCCUCCCAACCCUCUCCUCAGCCGCACACUUGCAACUGCAGCCCUUCCCACAAGCCCAGCGCCAGUCUCCAAUUUACAGGGUACACAGGGAGAAACAAAACCCGAGCGAUCAGCACCUGAGAGGACUGCUUCCAUAGAGGAGGAGAAACAAACUGAACCGGUGAAAAAGUCCCAUCACCGACCUUCAUCUUCCGCACACCACCACAAUCACCGUAGUGCUGCAAGCCGGGGACUGUCCAGACAGGAAACAUUUGACUCAGAAAUGCAAGACAGCAGGGAUUCUGUAUAUAUAGAACCAAAGGAUGAUUACACAGAAAGCCACGGGGAUCAUUACGGUACGCACCAGGACCACAAUCACACGGAGGAAGUACAAGGUGGCAGUGACCACAGGCACAGAGAAUCACGACAUCGGUCGAAGGAACGAGACCGAGAACAGGACCACAAUGAACGUAACAAACAGCGGAGUCGGCAUAAAUCAAAGGAUCGAUACUACGAACGGGAUAGUGAUGUUGUGUCGAAAAAAAGGAAUGACGUCAGUGAGUGGAACCGAGAUGUGUACAUCCGCCAGUAACACUUGCCUGCGAGGCACCCCUAUUUGUGUUCCUUCAUAUGUUACGCAGUUUUUGUGUAAAGAUAUUUACCUUGAUUACCCUCUCCUUGUCUGUUGCAAAUGUGUUACUGUAUAUUUCAAGAGCUAUUUCAUACAGUUGUUGCUUCCACGGCAACAGCAUGAGUAAAGGUGAAAUAAUAUUUCAUAUUUUUCAGUAUUGCUAAAACAUGGUACAAUUGCAGAUAUCCUGGUGUUGUACUGUGCUUGAAGCUAUUUUUCGGAUCGUUGCCAGCUGAACAAUAUCUGUUACUCUCAAACUACUGUUAAUGUUCUUAAGCAACAUAGUAAAGGUUUGAACUCUCCUGUGUAUUCAGCAAGGUUAGAUCAGCACAUAAAGAGUUUACUUCUUUCUCGAAGUUUAUGUUCUGCAUGCACAACUUUUUUUUAAAAAGAAAAAAUCUUGGUUAAAUCCACUCUUGCUCGUACUUGUAGUUGACUGUGUUUGGAAAAAUCUGGUCUUGCCUUACACGUCAAAAGGAUACUUAAGAAAACACUUUUAUAUGUACUGGUACUAUGUACUGUAUGUUCAGUAUCAUUCUGUUUGUAUUCAUACCAAUUGGAAAUCAUUUACAACAAAAGAAUAUAGUUUUAACCACUUUUCUUCAGAGUCCUAAUGCUGUAUUUUCUCUUUCUAAUCAUGCUGCCUGCAAUUUAGCCAAUACUUAGAAAUGCUGAUAGCGAAUGCAACCUUUUUUUAGCUUUUAAAAUUCAGUCUGCAGCACACGCAUGCAUGUACAUUUCAUCGAUAUGAGCGUGAAAAAUUCAAUAUAAUAUAUAGACAUAUAUUGUUCAGGUUUUUGUAACAUGAAUAGUUUUAACUGGCAAGAUGGUGACCAAUGUUGAAAAUUUACUUGAUAUCAAUAGUCUAAGUUAUUUACCAAAUAUUCAAUAUUUAUGUAAGUUCCACAAUUUUUUGUUUGUUUUAGAAAUU